AGGGGUUCCAAACGGAAGUGUGUUGUAAAGAAAAUGUGUCGCGAGACAUAGCUAGCUAAUAUUGUGUGUACAUACAAACGUUUUAAGUAAAAAACGAAUCUAAACGAGUUCCAUCAACUGCAGUUAUUAUACAUUUGGGGAACUACGUUCCUCAAGGCAAAAAUGCCCCGUAGAAGACAGAGUGUGCAUAUGGGGAGCGGCUCUGAUGGGACUGAAGAUUCAGACUCUUCUGCUGAGCGGGAACAGACGAACAGCUCAGAGAGUGAUGGAAACAUACCCAAGAGAACACGCCUCACAAGAGCAUCUCUGCGCCUCAGCCAAAGCUCACAAGGCACACCAGAUGUGAAGCAAGAUGAGUCUCCACCGUUGACGCCUACAGGCAACGCCCCAUCGUCUGAGUCUGAGCUGGACAUCUCCAGCCCCAAUGCCUCCCACGAUGAGAGCCUGGCCAAAGACCCUGCCCUCAGAGACUCCGACAAGGACCUCUCCCACCGGCCCAAGCGCCGACGCUGCCAUGAGACCUACAAUUUUAACAUGAAGUGUCCCACGCCGGGAUGCAACUCACUGGGACAUCUAACAGGGAAACAUGAACGGCAUUUUGCGGUAUCAGGAUGCCCACUUUACCACAACCUCUCUGCUGAUGAAUGCAAGGUGAAAGCAACCACUCGCGAGAAACACGAAGAAGAGACAAAGGUGCAGGAGGACAGCAACAGACACGCCACACGACACCAGACGCCCACGUCAAGACAGACAAGAUACAAAGAGCAGGUGACGGAAAUGAGGAAGGGCAGGAACUCUGGGCAGUCUAAGGAGCAGAAGGAGAAAUACAUGGAGCAUCGACAGAGCCACGGCAACACCAGAGAACCUCUUCUGGAGAACAUCACUAGUGAAUAUGACCUGGAGCUCUUCAGAAAAGCCCAGGCACGUGCAUCUGAAGAUCUGAAAACACCACAGGAGAAGCUGCGGAUCCAGGGCCAGAUCACGGAGGGCAGCAACAUGAUCAAGACUAUCCUGUUCGGCCGCUACGAGCUGGACACCUGGUACCACUCGCCCUACCCUGAGGAGUACGCCCGCCUGGGACGCCUCUACGUCUGCGAGUUCUGCCUCAAGUACAUGAAGAGCCAGACCAUUCUGAGACGACACAUGGCCAAGUGUGUGUGGAAGCAUCCACCCGGAGAUGAGGUCUACAGGAAGGGAGCCAUCUCUGUCUUUGAGGUGGACGGCAAGAAGAACAAGAUCUACUGCCAGAACCUGUGUCUACUCGCCAAGCUCUUCCUGGAUCACAAGACGCUGUACUACGACGUGGAACCCUUUCUGUUCUACGUCAUGACUGAGGCAGACAACACAGGCUGCCAUCUGGUGGGAUACUUCUCUAAGGAAAAGAACUCUUUCCUCAACUACAACGUCUCUUGCAUCCUGACAAUGCCCCAGUACAUGAGACAGGGCUAUGGGAAGAUGCUGAUCGACUUCAGUUACCUGCUGUCCAAGGUGGAGGAGAAGGUGGGCUCCCCGGAGCGGCCCCUCUCGGACCUGGGCCUCAUCAGCUACCGCAGCUACUGGAAGGAAGUGCUGCUGCGCUACAUGUACAACUUCCAGGGCAAGGAGAUCUCCAUCAAAGAGAUCAGCCAGGAGACAGCCGUGAACCCAGUGGACAUUGUCAGCACCCUGCAGUCCCUGCAGAUGCUCAAGUACUGGAAGGGAAAGCACCUCGUCUUGAAGAGACAGGACCUGAUCGAUGAGUGGAAAGCCAAGGAGACGAAAAGAGGCAGCAACAACAAAACCAUUGACCCCAGUUCGUUAAAAUGGACCCCGCCCAAAGGGACAUAGGCUAAAGGCUCACAAGUGAGCCACCUAAUAAACUCUUCUUUCUUCUAUCACUCCUGCCAGAAUAGGAGUCCUAUCAGCUAUCAAUACCACAGUCUUCUUUCUUCUAUCACUCCUGCCAGGAUAGGAGUCCUAUCAGCUAUCAAUACCACAGUCUUCUUUCUUCUAUCACUCCUGCCAGGAUAGGAGUCCUAUCAGCUAUCAAUACCACAGUCUUCUUUCUUCUAUCACUCCUGCCAGGAUAGGAGUCCUAUCAGCUAUCAAUACCACAGUCUUCUUUCUUCUAUCACUCCUGCCAGGAUAGGAGUCCUAUCAGCUAUCAAUACCACAGUCUUCUUUCUUCUAUCACUCCAUCCACCCUGUAUAGCUGCCCUUUGCUAGGUUUUUCUUGUGUCUGGAGGAACUCUCUUCCCCUGUUUUACAUUUCGACUCGUAUUUAUAUUUUAGUAAUUCGUCACCAUUCAAUCAAUUCUUGGCUUAAAUAUUGUUAAACAAUGAAAGUUAGAGAAUUUUAGUUGAUGACUUUUGUUUUAAACAAUCCACCUAAAUAAAGAUAAGCUACGAAUGUAUUUACACCACCGUCGGAGCUUUGUACCGAAAGCUCAGACUCUAGUGGAUCGCAUAAUGAAUGUUUUGCUUCUUUGUCCACAAAAAAAAUACAUACUUCUGACCUGCUGCAGCAUUCCUGGCUUUUUCUUUUAUUUCAUUCAACACAGUGGCAGUUGUUUGCAGAGACAAGUGCAUUUUUUGGGAUAGAAUAUACCAUAAUCAUCGGCAUGAACUUUGAUACCUUAAAGACAUUGCUUUUUUUCUUACAAGUAUGAGAUACUGUUGUUUCUUUUUUUUUAUGCGUUGAUAUCAAAAUUGUAUAGAUCAUGUAAACAUUCAAAUCUGAAUCUUUUUUUCUAGCUUUAGUAAUACGGGAGUUGGUCCCAUGCCUCUUGUCAAUCUGCCAAAUGAAGAAAUACAAAUAGCACAUAAUACACGUUAAAAUGUUUGGUUUGCAUUUAGUCAACAUAAAGACAAGUUUUACAUAUAUAUUUUACAUUUAAAAAUGUAAAAUGUAAUACAAGUUUUACUGUGCAAACCACAUUACAAUGUUACAAAGUGCUCUCAGGUUUUAACCAUAACAUCAAUGUAUAAGAAAUACCUGGUUGUGUGUGUGAUCCCUCGGCAAUAUCGAUCGCAGUGCUUGUAGCAUCUGGAAUAAUUUUCGUGAACGAUUCUGCAGCAACAAAAGAGCAUUUGUUCAUGACGCACGACUGGAAUUGUCGGUACCUGUUUUGUUUAAACCUUAGGUGUUACUUCUCUGUGCUGUGUUUUUGUCAUUCUUUUUUGUAUUUUUAAUAAAAAUACCUUGAUUUUA